AUGAAAGGUGUGAUACGGUUUGGGAAAAGAGGCAGGUUGAGCCCCAGAUUUAUAGGACCGGAUAAGAUAAUAGACCGAGUAGGAGUUGUGGCUUAUCGUUUUGCACUUCCUCCUGAGUUGACCGUUAUUUAUCCAAUUUUUCAUGUCUCAAUGCUGAGGAAAUGUAUAUCAGACUCAUCUCAGGUGAUUGAGGCCCCUGCUAUACCGCUUGAUGAGAAGUUGUCUUACAAGGAGGAGCCGAUGGCUAUUAUUGAUAGACAAAUAAGAAAACUAUGGUCAAAAGAAACUGUGUUCGUGAAAGUCUUAUGGAGAAAUCACACUAUUGAAGAAGCUACAUUGAAAUAG